CGUGGUUUGUAGUUGCUGCAUCAAUAAACUGUCGCGAGUGUCGCGUCGUCACGUCAUACGUCACUAGCGAAUAGCAGCAAAGAGACGUUGUGUAUUUUUUCAAGAGAGAGUUGUAUUUAUCUUUCUAUUUUAAAUGUACACUGCAAGAAACGUGGUCGAGAUGCGUUGGGAUAAUGUCGUCGAUUAUUUGAAUCAUAUUUCGGAACCGAACAAAUUUCAAAAUGAUAUAAAAAGUAUGAAAUGCGAAAGUGAGCUAAUGUCUCGUUUAUUGACCAAUCAGCAGGUUACACAAUUUCUAUCUUUAUGGCUAAGCAAACUUUAUGAUAAAAAAGAGACGAGAAAAGAAAGAAAAAAUCUGGAAACAUCAAUGUUUUAUAAAACAGAAGGGAACAAAGAAUUUCAAUCAAAAAAUUAUAACACAUCUCUGAAAUUGUAUACAAAAAGUGCAAUAUAUGCUCCAUCAGGUAGUCUAGAUCUGCCAGUAGCAAUUGCAAAUAGAUCAGCAUCUUUAUUUUAUUUGGAAAGAUGGCAAGAUUGUAUCAAAGAUAUUGAACUGGCAAUCAAAUUAGGCUAUCCGGAGAAAUCACGUGGUAAACUAUAUCUGCGUAUAGUUGAGUGUUACUUAAAGCUAAAUAACAAAAUACUAGCUGCUCGAAUUAUUUCUGAACUGAACAAUUCAAGUCAAUAUGAUAUGACAAAUGAACAGAGGGAGCGAUUACAGAAAAUGAACGAAAUAAAACUGCAAUCUUUAAGCACGAUUGAUGAGAUAAACGAUGUAAAUCAUACAUGUAACGUCGUAAAUGUAACAGAAUCUCCUUCACAACCUAAACUUAAACGUCUAAAGUCUGGUGAAAAUCCUAAUUUUCGAUCUGCAUCAGCGAGUAUAGAAGUAAAAUAUGCCCUAGCAAAAGGGAGAUAUGUUGUAGCUAAUAGAAAUAUCAAAAAAGGCGAAACUCUUUUUGUUGAAGACGCAUUUACCUUUGUGCUAGUAAAUAACAAUCAAGAUAAUACACAUUGUCACAAUUGUUGCAAAAGCAACCUCGAUAUUCCUGUACCGUGUACAGAGUGUGUGGAAACUGUAUUUUGCAAUAUGAGUUGUUGGGAUGAGGCAUGCUUAUCUCACCAUCGAUGGAUAUGCCCUGCCAGUCAAAUGGGCCUUUUACGACAGAUUGGAAUAACACACUUGGCUUUGAAAUUAUUGUGUAUGUGUGCAACUACGACCAAUAUUGAGAAAUUUAAUGACGUACAACAGUUAGUAACUAAUUUUAAUAAACUUGCACCAGCCGACGUUAUUUCAUAUGGAAUUACAGCCGUUAUGCUUACAUUGUAUCUAUCAAAGUAUACAGAUUUUUUUAAAGAUAUUAAUCUUAAAGAAUGCUUAGCAUCAAAGUUUUCUAAUGACGAAUUCAAUAUUAAAUGUGAUCUUGCAACAGAAAACGAUAAACUGUUGUAUGUAAGUUCUUUAUUGUUGAGGCAUGUGCUGCAACUUAUUUGUAAUGGACAUGCUAUCACAAAGAUAAAUGUGACAUCAGAUGAUCAUGAAAAUAAACUUCUUAUUGAAGAACAAAUUAGAAUAGCUACAGCAAUUUAUCCUUCUGCAAGUAUGAUGAAUCAUUCUUGUGACCCUAAUAUAAUUAAUAGCUUCUUAGAUCAGACUUUAGUAGUUAAAGCUAUACAAGAUAUUAAAGAAGGUGAAGAAGUACUUCAUUGUUAUGGGGUUGACUUUAGAAGAAUGUCAAAAGCAGAUAGGCAAGAAAUUCUGGAAAGUCAAUAUUGUUUCACAUGUAAUUGUAAAGCAUGUACGAUGCCAGAAUAUGAAAAUUUUAUGAAAAGAUUUACUGCGCUGAAGUGCCCUGAAUGCAGCGGACCAUUAUUAUUAUGCGAUGAGCAUGACCCUCCGAUGCUUUGCUCAGAUUGCGGAGCAACAGUUUUCGAAUUGACUUAUAUAUAUAAAGCAAAACAAGCACAAGUUUAUGCUAAAAACUAUUUCAAAGAAGCAGAAUAUUACAUAAGGGAAGGAAAUUUAGAAGAUGCAGUUGUUGAAUUAAAGAAAUGCUUGUCUCUUAGGAAAAGUGUUUUAUACAAAUAUCAUGAGGACAUUAUUACAACCUUGGAUUUGAUGGCAAAAUUAUAUGUCAGUAUAGAUCAACGAUUGCCUGCCAUUUAUCAUCUUGAACACACUAUUGUGGCGAUUGAAGAAAGAUAUGGAUCUUGCAGCAUAGAACUUUGCAACGAAUUAAAUAAAAUAACGGAUAUAUGCAUUACUUAUUUACAGGUGGAAUCCAACACAGCAUCAAAAUUUUACAAAAAUAUUUUGAAAAAAACACGACGAUAUCUAAACAAUGCUCAACAAAUUCUAGAUAUUGUUUAUGGGCCAUGGCAUGAAAUUUAUAAUGAAAUUGAAACCAAGAUGGCAAUCCUUUUCAAUAUUUUACAAAACUUUAAUGUCUGAUAUAUAUGUAAACAAUAUGUAACAUGUGAUAGAUGAGUAAAUAAAAGAUGCACUGGA